AUGAAACCCUUCAGCCCCAUCCUCUUCCUCACCAUCUUCCUCCUCCUUGAGCUGGGUUCCAAGGCUGCCCCCUCGGUCUCACCGACUGUGGGUGCCUACUUCCCAGGGAUGGAGCACCCCUCUGAAACCUUCCUUCAUUCUUCUGAAAAUUCCACUCACGAUCACCCUUCCCCAGAACCCCCUGGGAUUGCUUCUCCUGAGCCCUCGGAGACCCCUUCUGCGUUUUCCCCUGAGCCCUCUCCCCAUGAAUUCUCUGAGACUCCCAACCCUGACCUUCGAGAACCCCCACACCCAGAAUCUCUUGAGAUCUCCAAAUCUAACUCACUCAACACCUCAGUAUCAGAACCCCUGGAGAAUCCCCAAAGUAACUCCUCCCAAGUGACCCAUCCAGAACCUUCUGAGACCCCCAUACCUGAUCCCACUGAAAUUCCACACCCACAAUCCCCUGAGACCCCCAAAUCUAAUUGCUGCAAAACCUCACACCCAGAAUUUCCUGGGACCCCGAAUCCUAACCCUUCCCAAACUCCACACCAAGAAUUCCUAGGGAUUCCCAAACUUAAUCCCACUGAAAUCUCAAAUACAGAGGCCCCUGAUCCUGACCCCACCAAAACCUUUCACCCUAAAACUUCUGAACCCCAUGACCCCAACACCACUGAAAUCCCUACCUCUGAAUUCCCUCAGACUCUCACCCCUGACCCUGCCAAUACCCCCUUCCCAGAAUCUCAUGGAACCCACAGCUCGGGCACCACUGAAAUCCCCCACCCAAAAUUCCCCACAACCCACUACCAAACUACGACAGAGAUCCCCAAGGGGUCUGACCCUGAAAUUCCCACCAGUCUUCUCCCAGAAACGCCUGCACCAUUCAAGGGCCAAGUUCCUGCCCUAAAUGAGGUGUCCCUAAAUAUCGAACCAGAAACACAUGUAGCCACCCAGCCCAGCUCCCUUAAACUGACCUCAGAUUUUCCCGGGACCAUUGUGCCCAAGACCUCCCCGCACUCUAGCCCUAAAGGGCCAGAUGUCCCUCCUCCCUCCUCCCGGAUUGCGGACGCCCCUGCUUCCCCGGAACCCCCCAGUCAGCCAGCCUCUGCCACUCUGCGCGCCCCCCAGCGGCACAACGGAGGUGAGAGAGUCAACGCUAUCAUCCUGGUGGAACGCGUGGAGGAGACCGGCGUGACCCUGGUGGGGCGCCCCCGUGGCGCAGGGGGCGGGGCCCUGUGCUUCUUCUUCGCGGGGACCGGGCUGCUGAUCUGCGUGUUCCUGCUGCUGUGGUGUCUCUACCGCCGGGGGGCUCGGCAGCGGCCCUUCUCACAUCACCGGCUUCCAAACGACGGAGAUGAGCCGGUUAUGCAUUUGGACACUCCGAAGGAACCCUACAAUCUCUACUUUUAUGCACCGGAUGCUUGGGUCCCUUCCCACAUCGCCACCAAGCAGCCGCCGCCCACUCCUCCGCUGCCGCCCAAGCUGCCCCCGCCGCCCCGCGGGGGGCGCUCCCAGCGCCUGGAGCCACUCUCCCCCGCCACGCUCCCCAAUAAUUUUGCGUGAGCCCCGCUCCGUCCCGCCAGACCCGCGGGGUUCCCGGACGGAGGAAGGGCCCACAGAUCCUAUGCUCCCGGCACGCUUUGCUACAUAGUGGUACUCUCGGAUAGAGUCCAGCACAGAGAUGCUUUCGCUGUGACCGGACGAUGCCGGCUGAGGCCAAAUAAAUCACGUGU